AUGCAUCUCCAACAAGUCACCUACAUCUCGGCCAUAGUCGCUCUCGGCCUUGUUUCCGUGUCCAAUGGGCUCGGUAUCAAUUGCCGCGGCAGCAGCAUGUGUAGCACCGGGGACGUCUUGACGGCGCAAAACCUCAGGAACAGCAUCAACGGCCUCCCCGACGACAAGUACUUCAAAUCAGGGGAGCACAUCGCCUGCGACCCGGCCGGUCUCGCCAACCCGAUCCCGUGGGCUCCAAGGAUUGGGGGCAGCAUCUGCGCCUUCGUCCAAAAUAAAGACGGUCUCAAUGGGAAGGAGCUGAAGAGACUAGCCCAAUUCAUCGUAGACCACGGCUGUAAAAUGUGCGGCAGUGUGCCGACCGACUUCCCGGAUAAGAACGACGUCAAGAACGGCGAGCUUACCUUUAACUACGUCGCCAAACCUAAGUGCAGGGAGGGUCUUUGUUAA